CACUAAAAACCUAUACGUGGUGCAACUAUUAUAUAUGUAUAGAUAGAUAGGAAUUGAGAGGUUGUAACAAAAAAAAAUGGAUACAUAUACAUUGCAUAUAGCAAUGGCAGCACUAGUGAGUGCAUCAUUUGUAGCUGUUUCAGCAUACUAUAUACACAGAAAAACACUUGACCAAGUCCUUGAAAAUUCUAAAAAUGUUGAAAAAGUUGAUGAUGAACAAGAUGAUGACUUGCAGCAUUAUAAUUACAAGUUAAAUGGCACUAGUAGUCAGAAGGCACCAAGGGACCGAAGUUAUCGUCGGGCUUCGACUUUACCGUUGAAUUCGAAUGAUGUUGAUUUCAUUCCUGCUGGGCUGCCUAAACUUCAAACUAUUCCUGAAGGGAAAUCUACUGUCAUAUCUGGGUUGGCCAAAAGAGCUUCCCUCAUAGUCAGAGCAAGUUCUCCAAAGUCUCCGGUUGUUAGUGCAACUGCUUUUGAGAGUGUCGAAGAAGAAUCUGAUGAAGAGGUUGACGUGACUGAUAAUGCCAAUCAAAGCGCUGUACACCUUAACACAAAUGGGAGCACGGUCCCAGAGAGCGUUACUCUUAAGGCAAAUGGUGAAAAAUUGCCCAUACCCACAGCUGCUUUGAUACGGUUACCUAGUAUAGCUGCUAACAUUCUCAGAAAGGAGCCAGAACAAGACUCUUUUGUACGAGUUAAAAUCAAUCAAUACGAGGCACCGUCACCUGAUGAAGCAGAGGUCUACAAGGCUUUACAGGGGUGCCUUGAAAUGCGAGACUGCUAUGUGUUCAGGGAAAACAUUCCUCCAUGGGAAAAAGAGGUCAUAACUGAUCCUAGCACUCCGAAGCGCAUUCCAAAUCCUUUUGAUUAUCUUCCUGAGACAAAAUCUGAUCAUCAUUUUGAAAUGGUGGAUGGAGUCAUUCAUGUUUAUGCAAAAAAAGAUUUGAAAGAGAAUCUUUUUCCAAUCGUUGAUGCAACGACCUUUUUCACUGACUUCCAUCACAUCCUUAAAGUGAUCGCUAAUGGGGAGACACGAACAGUAUGCCAUCACCGACUUGGUCUCCUUGAACAGAAAUUCAACCUUCAUUUGAUGCUAAAUGCGGACAAAGAAUUCCUAGCUCAGAAAAGCGCACCACACCGUGACUUUUAUAAUGUCCGGAAAGUUGACACUCAUGUUCAUCAUUCUGCAUGCAUGAAUCAAAAACAUCUAUUGAGGUUCAUAAAGUCCAAGUUGAAAAAAGAACCCGAUGAGGUUGUAAUAUUUCGGGAUGGAACGUAUAUGACUCUAAGAGAAGUUUUUGAAAGCUUGGAUUUAUCUGGUUACGAUCUCAAUGUAGAUCUGCUAGAUGUGCAUGCAGACAAGACCACCUUUCAUCGCUUUGACAAAUUUAAUCUGAAGUACAAUCCAUGUGGUCAGAGUAGGCUCAGGGAAAUUUUCUUGAAGCAAGAUAACCUUAUCCAGGGUCGCUUUCUUGCUGAGUUGACGCAACAAGUAUUUACCGAUCUUGAAGCAAGUAAAUAUCAAAUGGCUGAAUAUAGAAUAUCCAUAUACGGGAGGAAGCAAAGUGAGUGGGACAAUUUGGCGAGUUGGAUUGUGAAUAAUGAACUAUACAGUGAGAAUGUUGUAUGGCUGAUUCAGUUGCCUCGACUUUAUAAUAUAUACAAGGGAAUGGGUAUCGUCUCAUCAUUUCAGACCAUUCUUGACAAUAUAUUCCUUCCUCUCUUUGAAGUUACCAUCGACCCGGGAUCGCAUCCUCAGUUGCAUGUUUUCUUAAAACAGGUUGUAGGAUUAGAUUUAGUUGAUGAUGAGAGCAAGCCCGAAAGACGCCCUACAAAGCACAUGCCAACACCAGAACAGUGGAACAACGUACAUAACCCUGCCUUCGCAUACUAUGUAUACUAUUGCUAUGCCAACCUCUAUACCCUAAACAAGCUCCGCGAAUCAAAAGGAAUGAAUACCAUCAGAUUCCGGCCUCAUUGCGGAGAGGCUGGUGACAUUGACCAUCUCGCUGCUUCAUUUCUUACAACUCAUAGCAUCUCACAUGGGAUCAACCUGAGAAAGUCUCCCGUACUUCAAUACUUAUACUACCUUUCCCAGAUUGGUCUUGCUAUGUCUCCUUUGAGCAACAACUCCUUAUUUCUUGAUUAUCACCGGAACCCUUUCCCAAUUUUUUUUGCUCGAGGUCUUAAUGUUUCCCUAUCAACUGAUGACCCUUUACAAAUCCAUCUAACGAAGGAGCCACUGGUGGAGGAGUACAGCAUUGCUGCUUCUGUAUGGAAAUUAAGUUCCUGUGAUCUCUGUGAGAUUGCCCGUAAUUCUGUAUACCAAUCAGGUUUCUCACAUGCUCAAAAGUCCCAUUGGAUUGGUCAGGAGUACUACAAGACAGGACCGGACGGAAAUGAUAUACGCAAGACAAAUGUGCCACGUAUCCGACUAGAAUUUCGUGAUAUGGUUUGGAAAGAGGAGAUGCAGCAGGUUUACUUAGGGAAGCCAUAUAUUCCUGAACACAUCGAGUCUUAGCUUCAUUCAUGUGAUGCCGCCAUUUUGUGGGUUUCGGGCCAUUGGCAGCUAGUUUUUGGAUAAUGUCACUGCUGAAACUUGCAUGCCCCUAAAGUUUAAUAGCUGUGUUGUCCACACCGAUGUUCAGUGAAAGCUUUAGGUCAACCUGGGUUCCCCCAUGUAGGUGUCGAUUAUAAGAAGUCGUCAUGACCAGAGUUGAGUCUGUUGACAGGCAGAACUGAAAAUGUGUAUUUCAAGAUAUUUAAUGAAUUCUUAGUAGUGCAUUAUUUAUACACAA